CUGGGGCAGGCAGGCGAGCGCCACGGAGCGCGUCCCUCCCUCGCCAAUCCGGCUCCGGCGCCUGCCCGCCCGGCCGCUCGCCCGGCCGCGUUUUCCAGGCGCCUGCCGCCUGGCCGCUCCGGCCCGGCUCGCAUUCUCGCCUGGAGCCGGCGCUUGGAGGGAGGGUUCGAAUCCGCGCGAGGGAACUGUCGCGCGCUAGGGGCGCGGAGCGGCGCCAGCAUGAAGCAGCUGCCUGUGCCCUGCUGAAAGUUCAUGGCCACAGCCCCGGGCCCUGCUGGCAUUGCCAUGGGCAGCGUGGGUAGCCUGUUGGAACGGCAGGACUUGUCCCCGGAAGAGCUACGGGCAGCACUCGCGGGGUCCCGGGGUUCCCGCCAGCCAGAUGGGCUCCUCCGGAAGGGCUUGGGCCAGCGUGAGCUCCUCAGUUACCUGCACCUCCCCAAGAAGGACGGCAAGACCGCCAAGCGCGCCCCUCGGUCGGAGACCGCUGACUACACCACCCUCUACUACCGGGAGCAUCCUCGAGCCGGUGACUUCAGCAAGACUUCGCUGCCUGAGCGGGGUCGCUUUGAUAAGUGCCGCAUUCGCCCGUCAGUGUUCAAGCCCGUGGCGGGCGCUGGGAAAGGCUUCCUGUCCAUGCAGAGCCUGGCAGCCCACAAGGGCCAGAAGCUGUGGCGCAGCAACGGCAGCCUGCACACGCUGGCCUGCCACCCACCCCUGAGCCCUGGGCCCCGGACCAGCCAGGCGCAGGCCCGUGCCCAGCUGUUGCAUGCGCUCAGCCUGGACGAGGGUGGCCCCGAGCCGGAGCCCAGCCUGUCUGACUCCUCCAGCGGGGGCAGCUUUGGACGCAGCCCUGGCACCGGUCCCGGCCCCUUCAGCUCCUCUUUGGGCCACAUUAACCACCUCGGGGGCUCCCUGGACCGGGCCUCCCGGGUCCCCAAGGAGGCUGGGCCUCUGGCGAUGCUGAGCUGCCUGCCCGAGCCACCGCCCCCCUAUGAGUUCUCCUGCCCCACCGAGGAGGUGGUGGCCCUGCUCCCCGACACCUGUGAGGAUCUCAAGAGGGGCCUCGGUGAUGAGGACGGCUCCAACCCCUUCACACAGGUGCUGGAGGAGCGCCAGCGGCUGUGGCUGUCCGAGCUGAAGCGCCUGUACGUGGAGAGGCUGCACGAGGUGGCUCAGAAGGCAGAGCGCAGUGAGCGCAACCUCCAGCUACAGCUAUUCAUGGCCCAGCAGGAGCAGCGGCGGCUGCGCAAAGAGCUCCGGGCGCAGCAGGGCCUGGGCCCUGAGCCUCGGCCCCCCGGCGCCCUCCCGGACGCUGACCCUAACACCCGACCGGAGGAGGAAGCCCGAUGGGAGGUGUGCCAGAAGACAGCGGAGAUUAGCCUCCUGAAGCAGCAGCUGCGGGAGGCUCAGGCCGAGCUGGCGCAGAAGCUGGCCGAGAUCUUCAGCCUCAAGACGCAACUUCGGGGCAGCCGGGCGCAGGCGCAGGCCCAGGACGCAGAGCUGGCCCAGCUGCGCGAGGCCGUGCGGAGCCUGCAGGAACAGGGCCCUCGGGAGGAAGCCCCCGGCGGCUGCGAGACCGACGACUGCAAGAGCAGGGGGCUGCUGGGGGAGGCGGGCGGCAGCAGCGAGGCCGGCAGUGGCGCAGGGGGCGCCGAGCAGCUGCGCGCGCAGCUGGUGCAGGAGCGGCUCCGCGCCCAGGAGCAGGCGCUGUGCUUCGAGCGGGAGCGGCGGACGUGGCAGGAGGAGAAGGAAAGGGUGCUGCGCUACCAGCGGGAGAUCCAAGGAGGCUACCUGGACAUGUACCGCCGCAACCAGGCGCUGGAACAAGAGCUGCGGGCGCUGCGGGAGCCCCCGGCGCCCUGGAGUCCUCGGCUGGAGUCCUCCAAGAUCUGAGGCCAGGGCGUGAGCGGGCUGCGGAAGCACCGCCAGGAAACGGCUUGGACGAGCCCGCGCUGAGAGGGCCGGCUCCUUCCUUACACUGGUCGGGGGCCGGGGCUGCUGAGGCCGGUCAGGUGUGGGGAGGCCACCGAGAGGAGGGGUCCAGCGCUGCCGUGGGCUGGAUAGGGUGCCCUCCCGGCAGAGGAGCACCGCGGCAGGGCCCGGCCCUGCUCCCUGGAGUAGAAGUGGCCCAGAGGAGGAGGCUGGGGAACCGAGAGCCCGUGAUGCAGAAGGGCGGGCGUGAAGGAGGGAGGCUGGGACGGGAACAUCGGCCUCCAGAAUAAAACCACAUUUUCUACAAGGGGUUCCCGGCUGAUACGCUGGGCCUGGGCCUGGCUUGGGUCCAGAGGAUUGUGGAUGGUUGGGGUUGGGAGACCUUUACCCAGGCCGUAUGUAGCGCCUUCCACGGUCAUGGUCUGUGGGAGGCCGUGCCCCGCGCCUGUGUGCGCAGCUGAUGGGCAUGUGUGUUGAAGCGCGGAGGAAUCCAGGCCCUAGCACCACUCGGUUCCUUAGCUGCCGUGUGGGCUGAAAUUCCUUUCUUCGGCACCAGUGGGAUUUUUCAGAAGGAACAAAGCCAGAGAAGCCAGAAAAACAAAAGGACAAGUCAACCAAGGAAGGCAUUGCUAGAACAUUCUCUUGGUAGGAAGUCUGGGCCGCAGGCAUCCAGACCCCUGUUGGGUUUGGGGCCGGCCUAAGACAGCUUCCCCCAGAGCACGCAAAGGCUCCCACAGGGGCCUGCCCCUCCCAGAACGCACCUCCCAUAUUUCUGUCUGACUAUGGAGCACCCCUACCACCCCUAGGGAUGGGAGGCCCUGGGAAGGUAGAGGAGACCGAAAAUUUGUGGGUGGGUUACUUGGUGAAGGACCUGUACCACCGCAGGGAAGGUGGCCUUUUCCCUGCAGGCAGUGGAAGGCCCUCGAAUAUUUUUAAGCAAGGUGAGAUGUGAUUUGAUUUGUAUUUUGGAAAGCUCUGCCCUGAGAGGAAGGAGACCUCCCCCUCCAGCCCUGCACGGGGCUCCCUGACCCUUGGGCUCAGCUCCCUAAAGCCCACCCUCACAUCUGGCUUCCCCUGUGGGCUUUUGCUCCCUCCUGGGUAGGUGGCCUGGCUCACAGACCCAGACCCGAGCUGCCAUGUAGGCGGUCCUUCCCCACUCCCUGCAGUCAAGAUCAGCGUCCAUAUGCUGUCGUGCAUUGAGGACUUCCUGUCUGUUAGGCCUUCAGGGCUUGGGGGCUCAGGGUUGAGUUAGAUGUGCUUCCUGCGCACAGACCUCUUGGCCUCCCAGUGCCUGCCCUGAUGGGGCAGCAGCGUCCUCUGGCGUGGUCUCUGCAGAAGCCCCAGUUUGCUCCCUUCGGCCAUGAUUCCCCACUUCCCAGGCCGCCUGUCAGGCCCCAGCAUGUGGGUCCUGGUGGUGAGUGGAUUUGUUGUGCAGGGGCACCUACGGGGCUACGGAGUAUGAGCCGGUGUGCCCCACCUUUUUAGGGUGGAGAAUGGGGUGUGUGCGUUGUCUGCCGUGCAGAUGGUGUGUUUAUGGCCGUGUAAGUGGCAGGUGUGUGUAGAGCUGUCUUGUGGGUGGUGGGUGUGUCUGGGGGGUGUGUCUGGGGCCCCUGGGUUGGAGGCCAGGAGGGCUGUUUCCUGGCCACUCCCUUCUGCCCCAUUUCUUCCUGCCAGUCCCUGCUCCUCUUGGCUCUGGACAGGCUUGGGUAGAGCCUGUGGCCAGGGCAGACCCCUGUGCCUAGAUCCUCUGCUGGGCUGGGGGGCGGGCGCGGACAAGGAGCACCCAACUUAGGCAGGCCAGUCUCCCACAGGCCUUGGAACCCAUUUCAGACUUCUCCAAACUGAAGUCUCUGGGCCAGUGACCCUCCAGAUGCCCCCUCUCCUCCCCCCUCCCCAGCAGGGCAAGGUGCUGACCUGAAACCUGGGUCGCUCCCUCCCCACAGCCUGGAGCUGGGCAGGCUGGGUGCCCAGGUGCCCCACAGUGGCUGGGGUCCACCUUUCUGUGAACCAUCUCUGAAGGACAGCUCUCCACCCUGCAAUUAGAGAGCUGGGCCGGCCAGUACAGCCAGCGGGGAGUGGGUGGGCGGUACCAAAACUUGGCAGGUGUGCCAGAAACCAGGGCCAGACCCAGAUGCAGGGGGAGGGCACGAGGGAGCUGAGGCUGGGGUGGCUCCGAGGGAACCGGAUCCCCGUGAGCUCAUCCCUGCUGGGCAAACCAGUUCCCUGGUCCCCAAGCCGGCUGGGUGGCUCCACGACCAGCUGGUCACAGGAGCCACUGCAGUGGCUACGGCUUUGGAGCAGCCCCUCCCUCCUGCGCCUGGCAGGCCCCUUAGCUCGCCAGCUGCCCAGAGGCCCCUCUCCCCUGGCACAGUAGGCCCAAGCAGCCAGUUCUCCAGAACCGAGGCGAGCUCCCCACCCUGGGCUCCUUGCCCCUGCUCCCUUCUGUUCUCAGCUCAGAUAGUGUCACAUCUUCCAAUCUCUCCCUGGGCCCCCUCAGCCUAUUGCUUGAGGCCUCUGACAGCCUGGUCUCCACAGAGCCCUGGAUAGUGGUCACCCUUUCUGACCCCAUCAGCCCCUCGCAGCGCCUCUGAGCUCUCGUCCUCCAGCCAGAGGCUCCUCACAGCGCCCAGAUAUUGUUUCCUCAGCAAAGCCUUCCCUGAAUUCAUGCCCUGCCCCGCCUGGGCAGUCUCCCCCCCCCCCCCCCCCCGUCCCUGUGCCUACAGACCCCUACUUCUGCUGACUUUGUUGGUCUCUCCAUGGGGCCAUGGGCACUGCCAGGCAAGGUGUGUCUUCUGUUUUUGUCCCCAGAGACCGCUCUGGCUCCAGCCCAGAAGGCACUGGAGGGUUUUGGAGUCCAGAGGAACCAGACCUCUCCCUGGCUGUCAUGGGUUCAAGGUGGGGGUGAAGUGGAGUAGAUGGGGAAGUGUCCUGCUCUGAGUGUUCAUUCACCAUUCACGGACACCAAGCACUGGGGCUGUAGAGCCAGUCCCCAUUCACUGCCCAGGGAGGUACUGCGUGCCAUCGUGGCCAAUGACCCUGCCCCCAUGACCUUUCCCUGUGGCUGGGUGAGGGAGACAGCACACACAUCUGUCCUUGGUAGUGACUGGACCAAAAUAGCGCAGACAUAUACAUCGCGGUGGCCAGUCAGCAGGGCAUGGAGAAGUAAAUUUCUCAGACCGGGUAUUAUAGGUAUUAGGGAGCCUUUCUCCAAAGAGGAAGUGUGCCCCAUGGUGACAAUUCAGAUUGCAUAACUCACUGCCCUAGUGGGCGGGGCUUAGCUCUCUAUGGAUUAGGAAAAGAAAAAGAAAUGUGCUAUUUCUUGCAACAAAGCGAAAGGUGAGGCAUAAGUGCUGAGGAGUUCAGAGGAAAGCUGGCUCACUUUUCACUGCAUGUGAUGAGAGGUGUGUAUUUGACUGUACUUUGAGCCUGACCUUGGCAAGGUCCUUAUAUGGUCCAGUUCUGGCAAGAUUGCUGCUAAGUUUAGCCAGAAACCCCCUUCAUCCACAUAUGACGAUGUUCCUUAUGUAAUCUCCCACCAUCCCCAGGCAACGGCUGGCCUGCCUUCAGCGACUCCUGUGAGGUGCAUUUAGCCAGACUCUGCCUCUGGACCCCAGAGGUUUUCUCUCAGUAAUUUUUCAUCCACUGACCCACCCCCACCUGCUCCUUGGCUGUAAAUUCCACUUUUCCUUGUCGUAUUUGGAGUUGAGACCACUCUCUGUCCCCUGCUACAAAACUCACAUUGCCAUAGCCUCUCUUGAAUAAAGUCUUCCUUCCCAAACUCUUU